GCUCGCGCUACGGUACGCCAUUUGUGUCUCGCAGGAAAACGCGCGGACGGAGCAAACAGUCGGUUAACAAGAGGUAGUUUGACCCGGGUUUGAUGACAGCAGUCCACUACACUGUUUAAUGUAAUUAUUGCAGGGAAAUAUAAAGAUACAAGUUUGGCAUCUGUGAAGGAGUCUGAAAGUGACACCAGGAGCAAGGUGCAGAAAGGGGAUUUGAAAAUGGAGGAAAGUACAAGACACUCUCCCAGUAGAAAGGCUGACUCUGGGUCUAAGGAUGGGGAAAACCUCUGCACAGCCUGUGGCUUCUCAGCCAAAUGUCCACGGUCGCUGAAGAUUCACUGCGCACGGAGGCAUGGGAAAAACUCCAAGAACAGUGACAACACUGCAGAGUCAACUGCAAAAAGUGAUGAAAAUAUCAGUGAUGUCAGUCUAGAUGAAAAACAACUGGAGGCAGACAUGGAGACUGAGAGUGGAGUUGAGGAGUCUGACCUUUUGGAACUGAGGUCAGAAGCCAAUGACAAUGGGAAGAGUUUAACUAAGAAGCAGCGGGCAGUAGAUAAACAGCAGGCCGACCAAGGGGAGGUGAACCCUACCCAAGAGAGAAGAGUAAGCAAGCGGACCCCUAAACCUAAGAUGAUUUACUCCUGCAACUACUGCGGGCAAGAAUUUAGGGACAAAACUCCUCUAGAUGUUCACAUCCAGAGAUCCCACAACAAAGGUACACCAUACACAUUUGAUGCUGAUGAGAACAUGGAUGAUGAAGAGGAAGCUGAGGUUUCUGGCGACCCUGUGAAGGCCACUGAGAUACGAGUGGCGACCAAACAUGCGCACAGCAGGUUCCUGCUGAAGUGUGAACACUGUGAAUUCAGGCUCAGUACCCCUGCGCUGCUGGAGAACCACACUCGGCUCAAACACCUGGACCAGGAGUGGUACCGCUGCAAAUUGUGCAACUAUUUUUCGGCCACACCAGAGUGGAUGGAAGCUCACCUGUCCUCAGAUAACCACAUGCAGCUGCAGGCCGUGAAGCAAAACGCUGAAUCUUCCUCAUUUCAUGUCUACGUUGAAUGUGUAAAGAGGGAACUUGUGGGAGAUGGUGCAAAUAUAGAUGAUAUUGCUCAGCCUGGUGGAGUGUUGACAGAAGGAGACCAGGAAACUGAAAAGGCAGUUGAGGCAGCCGAAGCUGAGUUGGUGGACGAUUUAGAGCUUGAACCCCCCAGAAAAAAAAGGGGAAGACCAAAGCAAGGGUCCACAACCACCUGUGGUUACUGUGGCCUGGUAGUGUCCAACGCUACCAACCUCAGUGUUCAUGUUCGCCGGAAACACAGCAAAGAGUAUGGAUACAGCUGCACUCUGUGCAACUACAACUGCGUGACCAAAGGAGACAUGGACCGUCACUGUAUCACCAAGAAACAUGUUAGACGUGCACAAGAGUGUGCAAAAAAGAACCCCGUCCACAAUCCCACAAGCGGGUCACAGCAGGAAUCCACAAGUUCUCAAGCCCAGCAACCUAGCGCAGCCUCACCCACCACAGACAAAGAGCAGGAAUCGAACAACACAGAGAACAGCGCACAAGAGCCAACACAGUCAGACACAAGCCAGAGAAAAAGUAAAUAUGACUCUAUUAACGCUUGCAGCGACUGCGAUUUUGUUGCCCAUUCCCUCCCUUCGCUCCAUCUCCAUGUCAAGCGAAAGCACACCAAAGAUUUUGAGUAUGUCUGCUUAGCUUGCAGCUACUAUGCAGUAACAAGCAGGGAAAUGUCUCGCCAUGCAAACACAGAGAAGCACAAACUGAAAAGCCAGAGAUACCUGGAGCCACUGGGCGGUGAGGGCCGAAGAGCUUCGCCAAAGGACGUCAUCGAGCUUCCUGGGGUGAACCCUGAAGAGUCUGAAUCCUGCUCAAAUGACAGUCAAGCUACAGAAAGUCAGGACACAGCUGUGACCCCCAUCGCCAAAGAAUCGGUCGAUGCUGUGGUUAUUGUCGCUGGCAGUGAUGAUGAGAAGCAAACAGAGAAUAUUGCAUCCUCGACUGAUGUUGAAUCUGAUCCAGACAACAAGACUGCUACAGAACCGUGUGAAGCCCAGCAGGCCCCUGAAAACCUGCAACCUGCAGCUGAUGAGUCUCCACAGCAGGAGAGCCAGGAGGAAGGGGAUAGAGAGGCAGACAGUGAACAUGUGAAUGCUGAUGUGAUGAGUGUGGAUGAAAAAAGUGACAGCUCACAUUCAGACACGCAAAUGUCCAAAGUCCUUUUCCUUGAAGCAUGCAUUGUUUCUAUGAAGGCCCUUGCUGAGCAGGAGCAGGUGCUGGAGGAAGAUCUGGCUCUGGAAGGUGAGGCCGCUGUGAUAUGUCUGACUGGAGGUUCCCCUGUGAUCUCUGACCACUCGACCCCCAGUUAUGCAUAUGUUAAGACACUCAGACCCAAGGAAAUGAAGGUCAGGGAGAAAGUCAAAGCUAGUGGCGCUCGCAUACGCUGCGAGGACUGUGGCUUUAUAGCUGAGGGCAUGAGCGGCCUCAACGUCCACAUAUCGAUGAAGCAUCCUUCCAAGGAGAGGCACUUCCACUGCCUGGUGUGUGGCAAGUCGUUCUACACCGAGAGCAACCUGCACCAGCACCUGACCAGUGCCGCCCACCUCCGCAACGAGCAGAACAGCGUUGAGGAGUUGCCUGAGGGGGGAGCGAGCUUCAAGUGCGUGAAAUGCACUGACCGCUUUGAGUCGGAGCAGGAUCUGUUUGUUCACAUCAAGGAGAAACACGAGGAGCUCCUCCGAGAGGUCAACAAGUACGUGGUGGAGGACACGGAGCAGAUCAACAGAGAGCGCGAGGAGAACAAGGGCUGCGUGUGUAAAUACUGUGGCAAGGUGUGCAAGAGCAGCAACUCCAUGGCCUUCCUGGCACACAUUCGCACCCAUACUGGAUCCAAGCCUUUCAUGUGCAAGAUCUGCAACUUUGCUACGGCUCAGCUGGGAGACGCCAGGAACCACGUGAAGAGACACCUGGGCAUGAGAGAGUACAAAUGUGACAUCUGUGGAUGGGCCUUUGUGAUGAAGAAACACCUCAGCACACACCUACUGGGAAAGCAUGGAGUCGGGCAGCCUAAAGAGAGGAAGUUUGAAUGUGAGUUGUGUGAGCGCACCUUCAGUGAAAAAUGGGCCCUGAACAACCACAGGAAACUGCACAGUGGGGAGAAGCCGUACAAGUGCGGCUGGCCGUCCUGCCACUACGCCUUCCUCAACCUGUCGGCCAUGAAGGACCACUACAGGACACACACUGGAGAGAAGUCUUAUCUGUGUGACCUGUGUGGUUUUGCGGGAGGCACGAGACACGCCCUCACCAAGCACAGACGCCAGCACACGGGAGAAAGACCCUUCAAAUGCAAGCUCUGCAACUUCGCCUCCACUACACAGUCUCACCUAUCGCGGCACAAACGUGUUCACACCGGGGAGAAACCAUACCGCUGCCCCUGGUGCGACUACAGAUCUAACUGUGCUGAGAAUAUUCGGAAGCACAUUCUCCAUACGGGAAAACAUGAGGGCGUGAAGAUGUACAACUGUCCCAAAUGCAGCCACGCCACCAACUCUCCCACUGAUUUCCGAAACCACCUGAAGGAGAAUCAUGCUGAUAUCGAGAAUCCAGACCUGGCCUACCUACAUGCAGGUAUUGUGUCCAAGUCCUUCGAGUGUCGUCUGAAGGGCCAGGGGGCCACAUUCGUGGAGGCAGAGGAAAUGGACUCGCCUGUGCACAGGAAGGGCUCAUCAGACAUGUCCGCACACGACGAGCAAGUCCAGCAGGUCAUCAUCAUCCAGGGCUAUGGCGGCGGGGAGGUGGCCAUCGACCAGGCCUUGGAGGAAUCGGCUGCUGCCACCCUGCAGACGCUGGCCAUGGCUGGCCAGGUGGCCGAGGUGCUGCACAUCACCGAGGACGGACAAGUUAUCGCCUCGGGAAGGGAAGUGGCAUCUGGCGGGGCACACCUGGCGGGAGACAGCACCCAGUUUGUGGUGCUGGAGUCGGGCGAGGCCAGGGAGGAGUUGCAGGCCGUUGCCAGAGGAGGCAUGGCGGUUACAGCUGUGGGAAAAGGCCACAUUGUUUCCGAGUCGUCCACAGCCCUGGACGCUCUGCUCAACGCUGUUAGCGAGAUGGGCCAUCAGGAAGCGCAAGGAGAAGAAACCGUCAUUCACGAGGUCUUGAGCCCUGAGAUAGGCGAGGCCGAGCAGGGCGAGGUGAAACAGGAGCAGAAUGAGGUUCAGGUUAUCGAGCAGAGCAGCCAGGCGCAGAUGCAGGAGGUGCUGCAGCUGGCGGCGUCACAGAUGAUGAAGCAAGGUCUGACCCAAGUCAUCGUCAAUGACGAGGGCACUCACUACAUUGUGACGGAGCUGGACAAUUGCACCUUACAGGUGGAGGGAACCAUGUAUGGAGAGGCAGGGGCAGGUGGGGGGGAGGGGCAGCAGGGUGAGCAGCAGGCUACAGAAGAGAUGGUGGUGUAUUUGGACGGAGCGCCUCAUAAUUUAGUCCUGGAAGGAUAGAAGAGACAGAUGAAGUCAUGAAGGUAAAGAUUAGUUAUUUUACCGUUUCCUGUUGAAACCUGAGGAAGCCUGCGUUAGGCCCAAUUGUUUGUCUGGGAAUCAGUCUCUUCACGCUUCCUCUUCCCUCAUUCCCUUUGAUUUCACUCAGUUUGAUUCUUUUCUACUCCUCUUUUCAGUUGUCUUACUCUUACUCCCUUCUAUUGGGCUAUGUUAACUCAGGUUAAACCUCCUUUUAUUUAGAGGAUCAGUGAAGGAAAGAGGCAUAGUUGCUUAUUGACUGCAUUAACAACUUUAAUAAUACCAUUUCUUCCUCCAAUAUUCUGGCUCACUAUAAAAGGAAAUGCAUCUUCUGUAAAGAGUAAAGAGUCUUCGUGACGCAUUUGUGUUUUAUCAUCUCAAAUUUGAUUUUGCUGUUAUAGAGUUUAGCUCAUGUGUCCUUUGCCUGUUCUUUUGAUUAAUUUGUCUAGUUUCCCUUCCAUUCUUUGUAGCGAUAAGCGUAAUGUCAGUUACAAACCAAUAAUUGGAUGGAUUUUGAAGAAAGAAACAGAUUUUGUAGAUGCUUUAUGUUGUGACAAAAUAGAACCAAUAAGUAUCCAUAUCAGCUUUUUUUUUUAAACACGUUACUAUUUGAAAAACCUCUAAAAACAUUCAUGAAGUUUGUCACAAUAAAGAGUGCACCUAAU